GUCAAUUAGGACAUAUACGGCAGGAAUCAUGUCAAACCCAUUCAACAGCGCUAGCCAAGGUUCAUUUGGAAUGGACAGCAAUGGAACAUCACAGUCUGUUUUUGGUCAGCAAGUUGGAUUGACCCAGACAGGUGUGUUUGGCCAAUCACCAGGUGGUUCCGGAUUGUUUGGAAGCAAUUUUCCGGCAAACACAUCAAGGCAGACUGAGCCAUUCGGUCAACAGAUGCUUUCUUUCACUAGUGCCAUUCCCCAAAAUAGCUCGAACAGUUUGUUUGGGCAAGCACCGACUCCAAGUUCCUCGUCACUGUUUAGUACAAGCACACAGGUGCUUCAGAGUUCAAGUUCACCAAAUGUUUUUGGAGGGUCCUCUUCAGUAGGAUUGUUUGGACAAAACCCACAGUCAAGCCUAAGUGCACCUAGCCAGCUCGGUCCAGUAAGUACUUCAAUAUCUGGUAGCAGUACUUCCAUGUUUGGGACAUCAUUUCCAUCUACCGCAGCAAAUUCAGUUCGCUACCCCUCACCUCCAUUGUUUGGUGCCUCAUUGUUCAACAAACAAGCUGAUGUAUCCAGCUCCAAAGACUCACUGCCUUCAUAUGCUGCAGCAAUAUCAGCAAUAGGUUCUUCCUUCAACUCAACCCAAACAGCUCAGUCAUCAGAUGGGAGGUCUUCUGCAUUUGUUGUACCUAAGCAAGAAGGUGCAAGCAUGUUUGGAAAGCCUGCAACUGGUUUUGGGCAGUCUGCAAGUGUAAGCAUUAAUUCAGCUAAUACAUCAUCAGUUUUGUUUGGUGGUUCCAAAUCCGAGACUUAUGCUAAUAAGAAUGAAGGUUUGGGACUUUUUACACAAGGUGCAGGAGACACAAAACCAUUCCAGUCCAAGUCAGACUCUGGUUUGUUUGGAAAACGUUCAUUACCUCGCUAUGAGGAAGCCCCAAAGAUGUUAUUUGGAAAGAAAGUUGGGCAAAACGUUGAUGGAAGUAACAGUGUACCUGAAAACCAGCAGCUUGUAAAGCAAGAAGGCAUGGGAAUAAAGAGUGAAAGUCAUGCAUCAAAGGAGAAUUGGUAUGGCAAACCAAAGGAAAAGGCAACCCAUUAUGCUCCAGAGAAACAAUCUGAACCAGAGCGGCUGUUUGGAAAGGCCAUUAAAGCAUUUGGCAAAGAGGAUGAAGAUGAAGACUACAAUGAAUCAGCUUCCAAUGAUGAAGGAGGGGAAUCAAAGCCAAUAGCUGCCCGGGGUCUGUUUGGUAAAAAUACUGCUGCUACUGCUGGUUCUACUGUCUCACCAUCUGGAUUAUUUGGAAAAGGCAAGAUUCAGAGAAAUCGCAUACCUUCAUCCUCCGAUGCAAAUGACAGAAAUGGAAGGCCCUCCCUUAGAAGACAGAUGUCUGACGAUAUCAACAACAAGGUUGCAAUUAUCUGCAGGAACGUGCCAGCCAAGUUUAACUCCGUCUAUUCCCUGCGAUCUCACUUUAAGAAGUUCGGAGAUGUUUCUAAAGUGUUUCCUAACCAGUCUAAAAUGCAAGCAACAAUUCAUUUUAGAACUCAUGAGGCAGCGGCAGAAGCGAAGCGUAAGGGCCGCCUUCUGGGUCGAGGCAUUCCACCUAUGACAAUAUUCUGGAGUAAUUUUGUCAGCGCAGUUGGCCGUGGCUCUGACAGUGAAGAGAAACCUACACGGACACAGAAACGACGCAGCGAUGAGAGCGAGGCGCCUGUAGCCAAGCGUGGUCCAGCCUGGAAGUCCAAUGAAGUGUCGGACGAGUUGGAGGCCAUGGCAGGGACAGGGGACAUCCGAGAGGCAGCAGAUGAGGUCCCCAGGGGCCUGAAGUUUGAGCCUCAGGAGGGCCGGGUGAGAGUGAAGCCACAAAGGCGUUCACCUGAGCGCAGUGUUAGUCCUGUGCCAACUACUUCAGCAUCAGAUGUUAAAAUUGUGUCAGUAGGGAUGUUUGAGGGUGUUGGUUCGCGCACCACCACAGACCGGGUACAACUGCUGGAGCUCAGGGAUAAAUAUGUCAGACAGAACCAAAUCUUGAUAACCAUUUAUCGAGGCAAGAAGCAGACGGACAUUCACAAGGCCAAGGCGUUUGUUGGCACUUGUCCAGACAUGUGUCCCGAAAAGGAACGAUACAAUCGGGAGGACAAACGAUGUUUGAGCGUCUACGAAAUUGUUCCAGGCACUGAGAAUAUUCCUGGAAGGAACCCCCAGGUUGACCAUCAGAGAGCCGUGAAGGAGUUUGUACGAUCAUCACCUGACCAGGAUGAGCCAUUGCCUCACGAGUUACGUCCGAUGCCAGUUUUACUGUACACAAUGACGUACCUGCUGAGUGACAUUGCCAAUAGGGGGCAGGACGGACGUUGGGGCGACUGGUUUGACUUCCUGUGGAACAGGACCAGAGGAAUCAGAAAGGACAUUAUCCAACAGCAGCUGAACGAUAGGAACGCUGUGCAGCUAAUAGAGAGAUGUGCCCGCUUCCACAUCUACUGCUCGGAGCGACUGUGUGAGGAAGACAUGCACUCUUUUGAUGCCAAAAUCAACAAUGAGAAUCUCACUAAGUGCUUGCAGACUCUACGGGAGUUCUAUGCAGAUUUGGAGAAGAAACAGAAGGUUUUCUGUGAGAAUGAGGCAGAGUUUCGCGCCUACACUGUCCUUAUGAACCUAAAUGAGGGCGACAUUCUAAGAGAAGUUCAGCAACUGCGCCCAAGUAUCCGUAGCUCUGAGCCCAUCAAGUUUGCACUGCAGGCCUACUUUGCCCUCAACAACAACAACUACAUUCGUUUCUUUCGACUGGUCAAAGAGGCCUCAUUCGGCAAUGCCUGCAUCAUGCAUCGGUACUUUACACAGAUGCGGAACAGGGCGCUGACGCUGAUGAUGAAGGGAUUCAGCAUGGGGUCCAAGUCAGCCCAGGUGCCAUUCAAGGACUUGGUGCGUAUGCUGGGGUUUGAAGAUGAGCAAGAGGUGUCACAGUUUUGCCAGCACUACGGUUUCCGGGUAUCUGAGUCUGAGGUAAUGCUGGAUCGGGCAGAUUACAUCGAGCCGGAGACUGCAUGGUCUCCAAGGCGUUCCAUAAACAUCAUCGAGUCCAAGUUGUUGGUUACUGUUGGCGAGUUUAUGAAUGGUGGGACAUUUUCCGACACCAGAUUGAUGGAGCCAUCGUCUUGUUUUGAUGUCAACGGAGUUUUCCACAGCAUUGUUGAACUGCCUUCAAAAGGAGUUGACCCACUUGCUGGUGCUAGGCAACAGGAGGUGAAGGUCAAGCAGGAACCUCAAGGUCAGCCAGUAGAGAGGGCUGCGACUCCUGUUGACCUGACCCCUGAACCGCCAUUAUCUCUGCUGAAACGCGUCCCACCAGAGUUCAUUAAAGACUGCGCCAAGAUGCUGUUCUGGGAGGUUAUAGAUGAGCUCGUCAAGGGAAUAUCCGAGGACAUUGUGGGGGAGGUCUCCAGGAAACUGGAGUAUGUUGAUGAUAUCUGGGAUGGCCUCGUCAAGAAUGCAGUUGUGCAAGAGGAAGUGCAGAGUUUAUGUGAGGAAGUUAUGAGUGAGGCCCAGUAUGAACAUCAAGAAAUUCUGCGUCAAGAAAACGAAGAACGGAAACAGCGAGUGGCCGUACUGCUGACAGACGAUCUCCUGUAUGAUGUCCUGUGUCAGGAGAUACAGAGCACUGCAAGUGAUGAGAUGGUAGAGGUGAAGGCCCAGUUAAAGCGAGAGUGUGUGGAGCGUGUGACUGCCACUAUCACUGAAACAGUCGUUGGGGAAGUUGUCAUCGACCUGAUGAGAGAGAUGUCCGAGGAUGUGUUUGAAACAGACGUACGCCAGCGCCUCAAACAAUUGGCAGAGUUUGAAGAGAUAAUUAAGCUGAGCAGAGCAGGAAAGUUCUGGCAGAUAUGGAAAAAGGAGUAUAAAGCCGUCACAAAACUGAAGCGGGCAAUGGAAGGGUUUCCAUCUGCACCAAACAUGGAAGACUAUUCUGAGCAAGUGCGAAGCCUUGUUACGGUGGACGAUACAAGAGUGACCAAUGGUCAGUUCUAUGUUAACAAGAGGGCUAAGCUCACUGUCCGCUCGGCAGUUGAGAUCAACAGAAAUCGACGAAAUGCUGACUCGCAGGUUUUGGUUCACACGCUGUACCAGAGACUGCUGCAGCAUACGGCAUGGCUGCCACUAGAUCUGGUUGGAGUUGUUGGGAAACAGCUUCUGAGGAAAUACAAAUAUACAUCUGCUACCAAGGGGGUAUCAAAGGUCUUCUGGAAGCUGUUGCUCUGUCUGCCAGAUAUAGAUCCAAAUGCAGGGAGCACCCUAGACAACAUAGCUAGCAAGCAUCUAUGUAAAUGGAUUAUAAGUAAAUGCAGCAAAGGGACACCACCCAGUGACCAGCAUUCUGUAAAGGGUUCUGUGCUGAGUCUGUACCGGAGAAAUGUAGCAGAGACGGGCAAGGCCCCUGUGAGCCUGGCAGUCUGUGUCCGCAGUGUGUUUGGUUCCCUUGAAACUGAGGACAUCCUUGCAGCAGAGGAAGAUGGCCUCUUGCUGGGAACAAGUGCCAUGAUAUUGGUGCUCCCUGCUUUAAGGGAGAAUGCUGAUCCAAAGACUUACUGGGCACAACAAUCUGAGAGACUUCAAUCAAUACUGAAGGUCAAACCUCAACAAGACUGCAUGCCAUUGGUCAUCUUCUUGCCAAUGUCCACCAAUCAUAAUACCUGUAACAAAUCUAUACAAAAAUGGCUUGAUCUUGAUGACCACCCAGCUGUGGAAAUAAUCAGGCUGAAGUUGAACUCCAGUUUACCAGAUGGGAUUGAUGUUGUUGACCCACAAGUAUCAGAAAAGCUAUGCGAAAGCCUUCAAUGGUGUGCGGAGAACUGCAAUCCAGUCCCUGUCCUAGAGGUUAGGUAUCUCAGAGACUUUGUUGAGUCUGCACUCCUCCGAUUUUACUACAAGCCUGUGCAGUAUAACCUCAGAAAACGCAGAGAAUUGGGAUAUCUAGAUCAGGAUCCAAACACUUUGCUGGAGCUGUACAACAGCAUUGUCGGCCAUCUUGGUGAGGUGGUUACCCAUGACGACCUGUAUGUCGUCUGCUGGCCAGUCAUGGAGUUCACGUCAGCUGCUGAAUCAGGUCUUCCAGCUGCACACUGGAACAAGGGAGAUCACCUGGAGUAUGUGUACAGGCUGCUUCACUCCCUUGCCUUACCAGAGUUCAGUCCCCUGGAUCCUGACUCUGACAGAUGUGUGGAUGUUGAGAGAGAUGUUUGGGCCUAUGUUGCCAUGGUAACUGGAGGGGAGUAUGGUGGUGCAAGGACAAAGCUUUAUUCCAGAUUGAAAUCACUGCUGCACACUGUGAAGGCAGACUUUGAGGACACAUGUUACCUGCUGGUGGGCGAGGGGAGCUGUGAACCCACAUAUCUGAACGUCCCCUGGAGCAACGUGCUCGCCAUGUGCAUCGACUAUCGCUUAGACACGCUGGACUACAUGGACCCUGACUGUGUCAAGGCAGAAGAGUUGAAAGUAGUCUAUGCUAGAGAUACACUGGAUGAUUUCAUGCCUCCCACUGUGUGGAAACAUGCUGAACCAGAGGAUCUGAUCAAAUGUACCCCAUCAUUGGACCAGACCAUCUCCUGUGCAGUGAACGAAGUAAGAGAGAAAAAGGCCUCCACGAGAGUUCCUAUAGAAGUAGCUGUAGUAGACAACUUUGUUUCCAAAGAGAAAAAUGAAACAAAAAGUUCUGCACAUUCCCUGUUGAGCUCUAUCAAGUCAGAAAGCAGGGAAUCUGAUCAUUUCCAUAAAUACUUACAGAGCGUGCUCAACAAUGGAGAAAAAAUUGACGAUGACUUGUCAGAUAGUGAACAAAGUUUUUCUUCACAAAUGAACAGGAACGAUUUUAGCAUGGGAGCAAACCAAUAUGAGGGCAAGUUUAAUGCAACAAGAUUCUUCGAUCGAUCUCAGAACGACUUAUCGGCCAUUUUUGACACCAGUAACAUUGAAUUCAAAGAAUUGCAGACGUCAAAGAGGAGGAAGUCAGACUUUGACGAGAAAGAGUUGUCUACCCUGUAUGGAAAGAAACGCAAGGAGCGCCUCUCGGAGGUUUUCAACAACGACCCUGUCAUGAUGUACCUUAAAGAGCCCACUUUGCACGAGGACUUGGCAAGCCUACAGGAAAAUGUGCGGGCAGAACGGAGGAACAGCGACAUGUUUGAGAAGAAACUCAAGCAGAUUCUCCAACAAAACUAGUGCCCUUAAAACUGAACGUUGUAAGACUUUUUUUCCCAGAAAACUGGGACAGAUGUUGAUUAAUAGAAAUGUUGCAGACAUUUUAGUUGCUAUAGUUCAUUUAGUCAAUAUUCUGAUUUAGUAGGUGAGAGCUACAAACUGUGACAGUUUAAGACUGGUUCCCCAGAAACUGUUGCAAUGACUUUGGGUGAUAUUUUGGCCAACAACACUUGCAUUUAAAUUACUUGAGUUGGCUGUGGCUCUAUCUGCAGCAGUAUGUAGAUAUCCACACUGUGACAGUUGAUUUGAGUGAUGUUUAAGCAAACUUUGCAGGUAUUGAAUGACUGAAGUUGACUGUGUAAAUGUUGAACCAACAGCAGAGUUACCAUGAUCGCAGGCAUUUAAACAAUGAUUGUUGGCUACUGUAUAUAAAGUUAUGGAUUUUGAAAAAUGAGUUGCAUAUAAAGUCCAUUGUUUUGUAUGAGAUAAACUUGGUUUGUUAACAUCAUGUUGUACGUUUGUAUGUAACUCGAAACUGUAAUUUUGGAAGGGUAUUUGUUAUCGCAAUGUAAAUCUUGUGUGUAAUGAUCGUGGUAUGUUCCCUAUAGCUUCAUAUGUUCAAAAUGAUAUAUCAAAAGAUUGAUGAAAAUAAAUGAAUGAAGCAAUCUUUAUGUGAGCAUAUUGAAAACCGCAUGAAAGUAUUUUGUAAACAUGUUUAUGUUCAAAGCAUAGAGAAGAAAUCAAUAUGAACAUGCUCAAAAAAAAAUUAUUGGAAAUAUAAAAAUGAUAAAUUAACAUCCAGAUCAUUUCAGGCCCACAUCUUUUUUUGGACACUAACAGUUUUAUAUAAAGUUAUAGCUGUUAUUGUUUGUCUUUGCAAUAACUUAUGCAUGUACAUUGCAUUUCUGAAAUCGUAGGAUUUAUGUAUGCAUAUAUUUAUGUUUGUGAUUUAACCUCCUUUCAGCUUAUUUCCUCCUUUUAAAUGUCUAACUUAUUGUACUAGUAGUAAUUAUUUGUAUGGAUCUAUUUACAAAUGAAGAGUGUAACUGAACCAUGUAAGGGGAGGAAUUCAUUUUCCUCCCCUGACGUGGUUCUUAAAUCACACUCCAGUAAAUUUCAAGCUAAAGCAUUAAUAUAUGAUAUUUAUGAUAUAUGUGGUCUCAUUUUAAAAAAUGCUCCAAGAAGUUUAAGUUUCAAAUAUAACUCAUUUACACAUUUGAUUGUUAACUGUUUCCAGAAUUUGUUGUAAAGCUAUACAAAUGUUGCUUGUAGCGCAGAUCAUGUGAUACUACAUUUACAUAUAACACUAGUCAAAAUCUGAUGGAUCUAAAUUGUCCUUGAAAUUCAAUUAAUCCAACGUUGAUGCAAAAUAUGAAGUAUUUAUCUUGAUAAUAAGUUUGUCUACAACUUAUUAAUAUGCUGCAAGGGAACCAAGUUUGGAAACAUAAAAGAAAUAAAGUAGUACAUGUCUGGUUUUUAUUUUUCUAGUUUGACGCUCUGUAUUAGGAUUCUUGCCAUUUAAAAAUAUAUAACAUGGUUUACAACAAGUUAUACAAAAUGAAAGUCACACA